AUGAUAAUCCUUGAACAGAACAAUCGAAUUAUUACUGAAGUGUUGGACCUUAAAUUUUCUACCGCUAAACAAGGGAAUAAACUGGAAAAAGUAGAUGUGAGGUUCGCUGAUUUCGAUGGUGUCGUUUACCACAUAUCAAAUCCUGAUGGUGAUCGUGGGGUAAUUAUGCUUAGCAUAUCAUUGAAAUUUUACAAAGAACUGCAGGAGCAUGGGGCUGAUGAAUUAUUGCGUCGCGAAUAUGGCAAAUAUCUGUGUGUAACGCCGGAAUCAAAUCAUAAUGUUUCUCUAAUUUACAAUUUAAACGAACUGCCGAAUGAUUACUCGACGAUUGUUAGUCAAGCUUCACACUUAAAACGAAAUUGUUUUGCAUCGGCUUUCGAAAAAUAUUUCAAUUUCCAAUCACAAGGUCAAACCGGAGCGAAACGAGCUAUAAUCCAUUACCGAGAUGACGAGACGCUGUACGUAGAAACAAAAAUUGAUCGAGUUACUGUUAUAUUUAGUACAAUUUUCCGUGAUCCAGAUGACGUAAUCAUUGGAAAACUGUUUUUACAGGAAUUCCGAGAGGGUCGGAAAGCAUCACAGACAUCACCUGCAGUACUUUAUACAGUAGGUGAACCACCACUUGAAUUACGCGACUGCCCCGAUGCGCGCGUUGGCGACAAUGUUGGAUACAUCACUUUUGUGUUAUUCCCACGGCACACGAAUAUACAAGCACGUGAUAAUACAAUCAAUUUGAUACAUACAUUUCGUGAUUAUCUUCACUAUCACAUUAAAUGUUCGAAGGCAUACAUGCAUUCAAGAAUGCGAGCCAGGACGAAUGACUUCCUUAAAAUUUUAAACCGAGCACGACCAGAGGGACGUGUAGAGAAGAAGACAUUCUCGUACGUAUUUGAUUUCUCGUUUUUGUAA